AGGAGAUUUAAAUUUUCACAACAAGUUUGCUCCUUGUUGCACCAUAUAGGCUUGUUGGUUUGGGUCCAGGCUGGUAAUCAGAUUUCUUCAAAAGACAUAUUCUGACGCCCGAGAUACAAUGGCUAGUCUCGAGGAGAACUUGAAGGCCAUGGUUAGAAUCUUCAGGAGAGAAUGCCACCGAGUUCUGGAAUCGGAGAGGACGACCAUUCGAGGUUCAGACGAGAUGCUUAUGGCCCUACAACUGACUAUGGCCGAAGUGAACAAACAGGAGAGUGGAGAAUUUGGCGUUGCCCUAAGCGAUGUCCUCCUCUGCUGGAAGUGCUUGCUGCUGGACCGCCUCCAGCUGCCCGGAGACGGAUCGCCGCGUCCGGAAAACUACGAGCUUAUCCGGCAAGAGUACGAGAGCUUCAUCAAGCGCACCAACACUGUGGACCUGAUUGAUGUCUACUCCAUGUUUAAACAGCUCAGGGUGGAUACUGACCCAGAGGAGCUACUCACCCCAACCCAGCUGCUGCGGUUCAUAUCGGGGGCUGCAGACUGCACAGAGGAGAGGUGCUCCGUGCCCCCCUGUCCCUCCACCCCCUCCAGUCCCACCACCCCCUCCAGUCAGCCCAGGCCCUUCACUGCACAGAUGCAGAGAGUGGCGAGGAGAGUGUUCUGUUCCUACCUGGGCCUUCUGGUAAAUUGUAAGAACGACCUGGCUCUGGCCAACGCUUUGGACACUCCCUGCCGUUCCCUUGGGCGCACGGCGUUCACAGACAUCAAGCACGCGGCUCGGAACAACCAAACCUCCCUUUUUCUGGCCGUGACCUCCUUCGUGCGGGCUAUUCAGCUCGGGGGUAAAGGUUAUGCCCCCUCCGAGUCCAGUCCGCUGAGGAAGCACUUGAAGGGGCUGUGUGAGUUUGUGCACUUCACCGACCAGCUGGAGGAGGUGCUGGGAGAGACCCCUGGCCCCAGUAUGGCCGGGGCUAAGCUGGUGGCCCGCGUGCGCUCUGCCCUCCUGAAGGGUCGCUGCAGCGGAGACUCCAUGCACGGAGCGGUGGACGCCGCUGCCAAUCUGCUCAAGGAACACAUCGGCCGAAUCCACAGAUCUCACCAGCAGUCUACUGUGACAACAGGCAUCAGCCCUGCUAGGAUGAAAGUGCACACAAUCAACCAUGCUACCGCUUACAUCGGCAGGGAGACGGUCAAAGUGCUCCAGACUCUGCUCGACGAGGAGGCUCUAGCGCCGCCCUGCAGUAACAAGGCAGAACUGCUCUCUGAGGAUCCAUCAGUGCUCAGUGGGGCAGAGGGGUCCUCCUUGCUCACUCUGUACAAGUCACCUGAGGUGGUGACGGGAACCUCCCCGAAGCCCUUACGUAGCCGCGUCCAGGCAGCACAGGCCGAAGGGAAGGUGAAGGAGCGAGGCCUGCGCUCUCAGUUUGCAUGCACCUAUGUGGAAGACGACCCGCCACUCAACCGGGUUUUGGAUUUUCCCAGUAGCAGCCAGCUGCCCACCUGCAAGCACCCGGCUCCGAAACGCCCCGCGGCGACUCGCCCCGCUCUCACCUCCGACUGGGAUGGAGAUUCCAAGGCUACGUCGAAGGGAUCGCACGGGCUUGAUAAUGUGUGUGAUGAAGUGCACCCCCCAGCGGUGGACAGACAGAGGGUAAACUCGGUCUCCGUGGCAGCCCUGGGGAGUCGCCAGGGUAACGUCAAAACCCGACCGGCCAAGGAAACCCAGAAGAAGAAGAAGAAGAGCAGCAGUGAUGCGCUGCCCCUGGUGGGCAAGAGUGUCAAACGGAAGCACGUGGAUGGGGCAGAUGUGAGCGGAGAGGAGAACCAACCCCCUGCUAAGAAGCCCCCACCCAAAGCCCCCGGCGCCCCCCCGGGCAAGAAGACCAGCAAAGCCCCCAACAAGAAGCUGAUCGCUGGCCAAGGCAAGCUCACCGGCUUCUUCAGGCUCUAGCAGUGCCCUGUGCUCAGACUGCCGUGACGCAGACUCCACCGCUCUCUGCAACUUGGCAGCAAUUAACAAACUGUUUAUUUAUUCUCACUGCCUUGAUUUCACAGUGAACGUGCACAAGAUGUAAUAUAUUGUUGUCUGUAUGAAGAGGCUAUCGGAGGUUUUGGCUUCCUUUUCUAGAUGGAUCAGCCUCUUUUCACGAUCGUGUGUGUGUGUGUGUGUGUGUGUGUGUGUGUGUGUGUGUGUGUGUGUGUGUGUGUGUGUGUGUGUACGCAGUGAUUUUAUAUUGUCCCUUAGCUCAUGUAUAAUGUCUGUCUGUGAUUGAUUUAUUUAUUUGGGUGACAUUUCUCUAUCAGAUUAGUUUACCCUUCCGCUCACCCAUCUCUUGAGUUAGCUGCUGUCAGCAUUGUCCCUCACAGUUAUGAUGGAUAUAGUGUAUGUGAUGCAUACAUUAACGUUCGAUAGCACUAGUGCUCAGGUCUACCAUGGAUUUGGGCUAGUUUAGUGGUAAACCCAUUUCAGUCGUGUGUGUGUGUGUUGCACUCAUACAGUCAUUGGGACAAACCAGUCAGAAUAUUGCUGCAUCUCUUUUAAAUAAAGUUUUAUUUUUGUUGUUU